UUGAGGCGGGUAUUCGAGACUACUAGCACCCCGUAAGUACUUUAUACUUGUACAUUCGCACGUACUUCGCAGGCGUUCCCGAUCCUAUCGGCACAGUACAGUGCAGUGCAGUGCAGAUGGAGGAUUAUCAUGUCCUGGAGUUGGUUGGUGAAGGUUCCUUUGGGCGAGUGUACAGAGGACGCAAGAAACAUUCCAAGCAAAUGGUGGCACUUAAGUUCAUCCCCAAGGUGGGCAAGAGUGAGUCAGAGCUUCGUUCACUAGAGCAGGAAAUAUCCAUCAUGGCUGCUCUUAGACACGACAACAUUGUAGCACUACACGAGUGUCUAGAAACAGACGAUGAGGUGUGUGUGGUGACGGAAUUGGCUGAAGGAGAUUUGUUCCAGAUCCUUGAGGAUGAUGGUCCGCUAUCAGUGGGUGUGGUUAGGGGUGUGGCCUCACAGUUAGUGUCUGCUCUGCACUACCUCCACUCACGACGUAUUCUACACAGAGACAUGAAGCCACAGAACAUCCUCGUGGGGUCAAGAGGUCAAAUCAAACUUUGUGAUUUUGGGUUUGCUCGAGUGCUAGCUGGUGAUUUGCUGACGUCCAUUAAAGGCACUCCAUUGUACAUGGCUCCAGAGCUGGUUCAGGAGAGACCAUAUGAUCACAAUGCAGACCUAUGGGCAUUAGGGGCUAUCCUGUAUGAACUAACCACUGGACUACCUCCAUUCUACACACAGUCCAUCAUUCAACUAGUCAAAAUGAUCACAAGGGAUGAGGUUGUCUGGCCUGGACAUAUGAACUCUGACCUCUGUGAGCUCCUAAAGGGACUACUACACAAAGAUCCUCUACACAGACUCUCCUGGCCUCUUCUACUCUCUCAUCCUUUCAUUACUCAACUCAACACUACUAGUGCAAGUAUAGUGGUAGCAAUGAGAGAUGCCUCCACUCUCCAACUACCCCAGCUAGUAGAUACUCUCACAACCCUCCUCUCCUCACAGCACACAGAGGACUUACAGAUCAUUAUCAGUGAAAUAGGUCUCCCACAGUGGCUAUUGGAACAUGCUCACAAGAUCAGUCAACACUCGCAUCUACUAGAGAAGCUAUCAUCUUUGCUAACCCUCACUACCUCUCACAUUCUGGUCUCCAUAAGCAAAGGUGAUCAGUUCUUCUCCCCCCAACACACUCUCCUCAUUGCUAGAGGAGUGACUAGCCUCAUCUCCUCCACACAGUCUCCCCCAGCACUAGACAAGCUGGCCCAUGUACUCGCUUGCCUACUGCUUGCUGCCACUAACUGGACUCAUGAGUCUCACCUCACACUCUUGAGGGUCCUCAAGGAGAGCCUGGAUGUUGAUCAUCUGGUGAAGUAUUCAACCUCUAACCUAUGUAAUGCCUGUGUGUGUCAUCUUGCUCUCCUGGGGACACCUCAACCCACUAGCUGACAACAUGUGACAUGUGUGCACCUUCUCGAUGCACAUGUGGUCAGUGUGUGUGUGUGUGUGUGUGCAGAUGAACUGCUGCAAGACAAGAGACUCCUUACAACAUUCUAGCAAAGUUUUCUCAUGCAUAAUGAAUUAUUCUGUCACCCAACAAAAA